AUGUCGUCGGAUGUGACAGAACAGAAGCUCGUCGAUGGAUCCAGCAAAGCUGAAGGAAGAGUGGAGGUCUUCCACGACGGAUCCUGGGGAACUAUCUGUGAUAAUGGCUGGGAUCUUAGAGACGCGAGGGUCGUCUGCAGAAUGCUGGGGUUUGAGGGAGCUUUGGACGCACCGGGAUCUGCAAGGUUCGGUCAGGGAUCUGGGGAUAUACUUCUCAAUCUUGUUGGUUGUGACGGUACUGAGGGAAAUCUUGUGGACUGUGCACAUCUUGGGUUAGGGGUCAAUUACUGUGGACAUGCAGAGGAUGUUGGUGCCAUCUAUUACUCGGGAGCCCAUCCAAACUCUGUUGGAGUACGGCUCAUGGGUGGAUCCAACGGUUCUGAAGGCAGAGUUGAGAUCAGAUACAACAGCACCUGGGGAACAGUUUGCGACGAUAGCUGGGAUUUGCAAGAUGCAAAGGUCGUAUGCAGAAUGCUAGGAUUCGGCAACGCCUCGACUGCACCAGGUUCAGCCGAGUUUGGCGAGGGGUCCGAUGAUAUUCUCCUGUCUCAUGUCGGGUGCGAUGGAACGGAAGACAAUCUUGCGGACUGCGCACAUCUAGGGUUCGGAGUGCACAACUGCCAACAUAACGAAGACGCUGGGGUCACGUGUCUCUUAAGAGUUCGUCUUGUCGGUGGGUCUAACGAUGCUGAAGGCAGAGUUGAGGUACUGCACGACGGUUCGUGGGGAACUAUCUGUGAUAACAGCUGGGAUCUGAGAGACGCGAGGGUGGUUUGCAGAAUGCUGGGGUUUGAUGGAGUCUUGGACGCACAAAGAUCUGCUAGGUUUGGUCAGGGCUCUGGUCGUGUUUUUCUAGCUUAUGUCAGGUGUGAGGGAACAGAAGGCAACCUUGCAGACUGCGCUCAUACAGAGAUUGAAUAUUACCGCUGCAGUCAUACAAGGGAUGCGGGCGCUGUUUGUUAUUCGGGAGCCCAUCCUCAGCCAUUUCAAGUUCGUCUGAUUGGUGGGUCUAACGAUGCUGAAGGCAGAGUAGAGGUCAUGCAUAAUGGAUCCUGGGGAACUAUCUGUGAUGACAGCUGGGAUCUGAGAGACGCGAGGGUGGUUUGCAGAAUGCUGGGGUUUGAUGGAGUCUUGGACGCACCAAGAUCUGCUAGGUUUGGUCAGGGCUCUGGUCGUGUUUUUCUAGCUUAUGUCAGUUGUGAGGGAACAGAAGGCAACCUUGCAGACUGCGCUCAUACAGAGAUUGAAUAUUACCGCUGUAGUCAUACAAGGGAUGCGGGCGCUGUUUGUUAUUCGGGAGCGCAUCCGAAUCCAUUUCAAGUUCAUCUUGUUGGUGGAUCUAAUGAUGCUGAAGGCAGAGUAGAGCUACUGCAUGAAGGAUCCUGGGGAACUAUAUGUGAUGUUGGCUGGGAUCUGAGAGACGCGAGGGUGGUCUGCAGAAUGCUGGGGUUUGAUGGAGCCUUGGACGCACCGGGAUCUGCUAGGUUUGUUCAUCUUGUCGGUGGAUCUAAUGAUGCUGAAGGCAGAGUAGAGGUCAUGCAUAAUGGAUCCUGGGGAACUAUCUGUGAUUAUUCAUGGGACCUGAGAGACGCGAGUGUAGUUUGCAGAAUGUUGGGAUUUGAUGGAGCCUUGGACGCACCGAGAUCUGCUACGUUUCGUCAGGGUUCUGGUCGGAUUCUUCUCUCCUAUGUCGAGUGUGAGGGAACAGAAGACAACCUAGCUGACUGUGCUCAUUCAGGGAUUGAACGUUACUCAUGCAGUCAUACAAGGGAUGCAGGAGCCAUUUGCCACUCAGGAAACCACUAA